AUGGAACAAUACGUCACGCUUAAAUGGAAGAUCGAGGUAGCUAUUGAAGCUAUCGAUAACAACAAAUUCCAGUGUAUUGCCGUACCCAAUUGUGAUUACGUGCAGAAAGGCAAAGUUUAUCAUGGAAACUUCAUUCGCCACGUUCGAGUGAAUCAUCCGGAUAAGCUGGAAGUGCUUGGUCUACCGCUUUCCGAGAAAGAUGAGGAGCCGAAACCAAAACGAAAAAAGACUGGCAAGCUUACUGUGGAAACAACAGUUAAGGAUGUUCUGCUGGGAACUCUCCAACUCACCACUAGUAAUGCUCUACCGUUAAGUUAUCCGGAGUGGGUCGGGAUAAAAACACUAGUUGGUCCGCUUUGGAAAGCUGCUAAUUUAUCGAUUAACAGAAAGAGUUUGACGGAGCUAACAGUGAAAGCUAGUGUCUUGGCCAGAGAACUUUUGGCAGCCGAAAUAAAAGGUCGACCUCUUCAUCUUAAAAUGGACAGUGCAUCCAGAAGGAGCCAUCACUCGUUUGCAGUCAACGCGGCUUUCUACAAAGAUGGCCAAAUUGUAACUCGUUCUCUUGUUAUCAAGGAAAUGAUAAUCAGUCAAACGGCGUCGAAUCUGUGUCAAACGAUGGUCGAGGAAGUUAUACAAAAGUUUGGAAUACUUCCAGAGCAAAUACUGACAAUUGCUCACGACAACGGUGCAAACAUGGUUGCUUCAGUUACCAGCCUGCGGCGCUAUAUAAAAGAGAGCAGUCCGAACCUACUUACAAAAGAGCUAAAAGCUAUCGACGAGGUUAUUGCCACGUUGUCUGACCGUCGCCUCGCAGAUAUGUUUGAGGUGGACGCUGCCAAUGACGAAAUAAUAGCUGCUCAGGAUGACGAAGAAAUAGAGGAAGAGCCACAUAAGGAGAACGAACAGGAGAACCAUGAAGACAAUACCGAGCAAGACGACAACGAUGAAGACGUUAGAUAUUCAGAUGAUGAGGCAUAUGACGUUCUGUCUAUUACAAGCACCCGCUGUGCUGCCCAUACAUGUCAGUUGGCUGUGUGGGAUGUGCUGAAGAAAUACUCAAAGCGAAUUGAAAAUAUUAAGAAACUCUGCCAAAAGACUCGGCUUGUAAAGUACAGGACAUCAUUUGCUACCCAUAAGGCACAUCUUCCGCCAAUUCCAGGACAAACACGUUGGAAUUCUGUUUACCUGAUGGUCAAGGCUCUUCGUGAACAAAAAUCCUUUUUUCUAAUGCUUCAGAGCGAAUUCGACGAAAUGAAUUUUUCGAAACACUGGGCUUCGAUUGAGUUAUUAUGUGAAGCCCUAGAACCACUGUUCUUUUUGACAGUUAUGUUACAAAAGGAACAUGUUCCCCUUUCCGAAUUCUACACAGAAUGGUUAAUUUGCCAGGCAAAACUGAAUUCCCUAACGACAAAUCACCUGGCCAAGAAGCUACUCAACGCCAUGGAAAAACGGUUACAUAAGCUAACGGAGACGCCCCAAUUCAAAGCGUGUCUUUACAUCGACCCUCGCUUCAAUUAUAUUGGAUCGAACCGAAUGUCUCUGGCUGACAAGGAAAUUGCUCAGAAGAACGAUUCGAUAUCGUGGAAUAUUGGAAAAGGCGACGUACAAGUCAUCACGAAAUGUUUAGGUUGGCUACUGCAAUAUUAUCGGCUCCGUCAACUCAAGUCACUGUUGAACGUGCAUUUAGUGGACUAA